AUGACUCUAUCAAAUCCAUCCAGCCAGCAAUCUGGCACGAACGUCGACCAAACAACGUCUCAAUCUCAAACACCAACUCCUGUAUCUGCACGAGCUCCUCCCAACACGCCCAUGGGACUGGCAUCGUCUCCUGUAUCUGCCACAAGAAGCCAUAGCUCAUCCAUCACUAGCAGGAGCUCGCCCAUCACGAGGCAGGUUGCUUCAUUCAAUGAUGCUGAAGAGGAGGACGAAGACGAGGACGACGAGGGUGAAUGGGAGGAAGAUGAAGAAGAUAACGAUGAAGUCGACGAGGCAUCAAAUAAUAACAAUAAUAAUAACACAAGAACACAUAUACACACACACCAACCCCACCUCGAACUCCAACCAAACGGCCUUCCACGUCCACCACCACUAACAGCCUUCCGCAACAUGCCUGGUCUCGUAAUCCUACACUACUUUAUCCUCCCAUUUUGUCAAGGUGCCAUGUAUGGGUUGGGUGAAACUACUGCUAGAUUCUGGAUGCGUAGAUGGUUUGGAGAUAUGGUCGCUCCUUCUGUGAGCUCGAAUGCGCUGGUUAAGAAGGCGUUGAUAUCUAAUAGGGAUAUGGUCGUGGUCACGUCGCCAAAUGAAGAAGAUGUUUGGGAACGUGUUGUGGAGUCGAUAUUUGGGGGACGUAGUCCUGUCAAAAGAAGAAGUAGGGUAGUUGAUACGGUAAUAUCGGAAACUGUGGUUGGAAGUCUGGCUAUAGGUUCAUCUGCUGGAACCUGGGGGCGUAGGGUGUACAUACCUCGAUAG